AUGGCGGACGAGGAGUUAACUGAUAUCAUGGUAGACAUGGAGUUUGGAGAACUGAUGAAAGACUGUAUAGAAGAUUGGUCAGAUGAUGAAAAUUCAGAUCGUGAAGAUCGGUCAGAGAAUGGGAACGAAUGGGACGAUCUUAAUUUCAUUUCCGAAUGUCAUAAUGCAUACGACUAUUAUGGUGAAUCCGACGCGGAGACAGUCCUUAACGACGAAUCAUUAGACGCACCUGAUUCUGGGGAGUCCCAGUCGUCGAUCAUCAUGAGUGAGAUAAUGAAAAUGACCCUUACGUCUCACGAUGUUGCGUAUGAUUUCUACAACAGCUAUGCUAGAGAUAAUGGUUUCAGCAUUAGAAGGAAUAAGGUCAGACAAGGAAAACGUGACAGCAAGUUGCUAACCGAGGAAGGACACAGCCGUAGGCUCAGAGCCGAGACACGCUGCUUUUAUGAAGCGCACCUGACCGUCAAGCUUGACCAAAAGCGUGGGGUUUGGUAUGUUGAACGUUUUGAGGACAAGCAUAGCCAUAUGUUGGCAGGACCGGACGAGGUACCUUUUCUUUGGUCCCAUAGAAAAAUCAAAGAGUACCAGAAGCAUGAGAUAAUGUCCAUGGGAACUGCAGGGAUUAGAAUUCACGACAUGAUGGAUUGCUUCAUCAGCAAACAUGUAUGGUACGGCGGUGUUGGUUUUACCAGGCAUGAAAUAUACAACCUUUGCGCCAAGGAGAAGAGGAAGCUGCUUCCAAAAGGAGAUGCUACCACAGCCAUAGGCAUCAUGGCCAGUAGGAAACAGAGGGAUCCUAGCUUCUUUUUCGAGUACAAGCUAGAUAAGGAAGGACAUUUGAAUAGGAUGUUCUGGUGCGACUCCCAAUCUCGUCAUGACUAUGAGGACUUCGGCGACGUGCUUGUAUUUGACAGCACAUACAAGAUGAACCGCUAUGGUAUGCCAUUCAUACCUUUUGUUGGUCUUAACAAUCACCGGAAGACCACUAUUUUUGGCUGUGCCGUAGUUUCAGACGAGACCGAGGAGACAUACGUGUGGCUUCUGCAGACUUUUUUGAGGUCCAUGUGUCAAAAGAUGCCUAAGAGUGUUAUCACAGACGCCGACACUGCGAUGAUCAAGGCAAUUCGCGAAGUCUUGCCAGACGUGUGGCACCGUAUAUGUACGUGGCACAUAGAGAAAAAUAUGAAGAUGCACCUCAGUCACAAGUCCUUGAAGGAGUUCCGAACUCUUCUGUACUACAGCACGUCCACGACCACGUUUGAGGAGAGAUGGCACGCAUUCUCCAAAAGAUGCCAGUCAGAAAAAACUGUAGCAUGGUUGAGGCGGAUGUAUAAGAAGAGGAGACUGUGGGUCGCGGCUUAUCUAACAGAGGGGUUUUGGCUUGGCAUGAAAAGCAACCAGCGGAGUGAAAGCCUGAAAUCAUGCCUUCACCUCCACCUAGACAGUGAAAUGACCCUCGUGGAUAUGAUUUUGCAAUAUGAGAACGCCGUUGUGCGUAUCCGUGAAAACGAGGCGCGAGAUGACUGCACGGCCUCACAGAGUUUACCGGUGCCAGUUACUAGCUCUAGGAAACUUGAGAUAGCUGUUUCUCACGUCUUCACUCCAGCAAACUUCUAUAUGUUGCAAGAUGAUCUUAACAAAAUUGACGACAUGGAGAUUGUAGAAAUUAAGCUGGGAGACGGAUCACAGUAG